AUGAGGUCUCUUCUCCACACCACCAAUGACAAUAAUCCCCAUCCCCCUGCUGCUGGCAGCAGGAAGCAGCAGCACUGGCACUGCAGCAGCAGAUGCUUCGUCGUGUCCCUUCUCCUGGUCCUAGUAGCUCUCGUAGCUUCGGACGUGUAUCUCAGCUUCCCAAACCGACGGAACCUUCUUCCGUUAUUCCGCCAGCCGCUGCUGUCUCGCCGACCUAGCAAACAGCGAGGAGGUGGCGGUGAGGGCGGCGGCUGUGACAUUUUCAGGGGCGAGUGGGUGCCGGACCCGGACGCGCCCUACUACACCAACGACACCUGCAAGGUGAUCCACGAGCACUACGACUGCAUGAGGUACGGCAAGCCGGACCUGGGCUUCGUCAACUGGCGGUGGCGCCCUGACGGCUGCGACCUGCCCCGCUUCAAUCCAUGGCGCUUCCUCCACAUGAUGAGGGGCAAGUCCCUUGCCUUCGUGGGCGACUCCCUCGGCAGGAACCAAAAGGACUCGCUCAUCUGCCUCUUGACCAGGGUCGCGGAGCCUACGACAACGACCUGGCUUAGCAGCAAGCACACCGUGUACUACUACGGCGACUACAACUUCACCGUGUCCCACUUCUGGGCGCCGUACCUCGUCCGGCACGAGCAGAUCGACGAGGACGGGCCAGCGCACACGGGCGUCUGGAACCUCUACCUCGACGAGCCGGACGACGUGUGGGCGGCGCACGUCGCGGAGUUCGACUACGUCGUCGUGUCGGCGUCGAGCUGGUUCUACCGCCCGUCCAUGCUGUACGAGGCCGGGCGGCUCGUCGGCUGCCACUACUGCAAGCUGCCCAACGUGACCGACCUCACGCUGCGCUACGCGCUGCGCAUGGCCACGCGGGCCGCGCUGCGGGCGCUGUCUGGUGCCGGCGAUGGCAGCGGCCGGUUCCGCGGCACGGCGCUGCUGCGCACCGUGGACCCGUCGCAGUACGAGGGCGGGGAGUGGAACGGGGACGGCAACUGCGUCCGGACGGCGCCGUACCGGCGUGGCCAGAAGAGGGUCGAGGGCUUCGAGCGUGAUUUCCGCGCGCUGCAGGCGGAGGAGUUGUCGUCGGCGGCGAAGGCGGUGACGGACAGUGGCAGCAAGGUGAGGAUGCUGCUGAUGGACACGACGGAAGCCAUGAUCCUGCGUGCGGACGCGCACCCGAGCAAGUACCGGGGAUGGACGCCGGAGAAGCACUUCACCCUGCACAACGACUGCGUGCACUGGUGCCUGCCCGGGGCCAUUGAUACUUGGAACGACAUGCUGCUCCAUAUGUUGAAAUGA